GCCACCGGUGGUUCCCAGCCGGGCUCUGAAGAUGGCGGAUCGCGCUGUCGCCGGUGGUGGCAGCACAUCCUUGCGGGGGCUGCGGGAACGCAUGGUUGCUGAGGCUCAGGCAAUUGCCGAAGAAAGACGAAGUCAAAGUGGAGUUAGUUCCUUGGCCACUCAUUCACCAAAUAUAAGAUCAGCAGUUAAACCUGUUAUAGACGGAUCUGUGCUUAAAAAUGAUAUAAAACAAAAGUUAGCAAAGGAGCGCAGAGAAGAAAGGAAAAGACAAGAAGAAGCCAAUAAGGAACUACAACUCCUUGAAAAAGAAAGAAAGGCCAAGCUCCAGUAUGAAAAACAUUUGGAAGAAAAACAACGAAAGCUAAGGGAGCAAAAAGAGAAAGAUGAGCGGCGAAGAAUAUCUGCAGAAGAAAAAAGAAAACAAAAAUUAGAGGAAGAAAGGGAAAGAUACAAAGCUGUUCUUUCUCGUACUUUGGAACGAAGUAAUCGUAUGGAUCAGCGGCAGAAGAGAUGGUCAUGGGAAGGCUUGGCCAUGAUGAAUUCUGAAAACAAACCAGGGAAAACAGAAAAUAAAAGAAGCUCAUCUCUGAACAGAAGAGACAGCAAAAUGCAUUCCUCUGAUGACACAGGACAUGUGGAAGAUAAGCCAGCUCAUAGCUUUCCUAAUACUACUCCAGAGAAUAGUUUAAUCAGCCGUCUCCUCAUCCCAACAAUAGCAUCGGUGGCCAGAAGCAAGAGUGCUGCUUCAUUAUCCAUCCCAGGAAAAGAAAGUCCAGCUGUCAACAAAAAGUACAUUCCCCAAUAUGGACCCACACCCUUACGGAGCCACAGUAGUGAGGAAUUGAAGACUUCCAGCAUGCACUGCAAGUCAACUGCAAAAACACCUCCAGACACAAAAGCAGAAGUGACUCCCCUGGAGAAGGUAGAAACAACUCUCAAGGCAAAAGUCAAAGUUCCUCCCACACCAUCUUCUGCCACAAGCAGGGAAGAACUCCCCAAGGUGAAGCUGGACACCACCCGCAGGGCGAGUGUGGACAGGAUCCCCACAAUGAGCUCAGAGGCAACCCCUGAGGUGAAUGUAGACCUCAGCUCAGUGAGCACAGAUGCAACCCCGGGGGUGAGUGGCAUGGCGUCAACCUCCAGCGUGAGCUCAGACAUAUUCCCAGAGGUGAGCAUAGACACAUCCUCUGAGGUGAGCGAGGAAACCUCCCCACUGACCAGUGUGGAUGUGUCUCCAGUGGUGAGCUUGGACACCUCCCCGGAGGUGAGCACGGAUGCUUCCCCUGUGGAGAGCGUUGACUUCUCUCCUGAGGGGAGCAUCGAAGCCUCCCUGGAGGGUGUGCAGGUGUUGUCCGAAGCAAGUGUGGAAGCUGGGCCCAAAGCAAGUGUGAAAGAAUCACGUAAAGAGAGUGAGGAAGACCCCCCUAAGGUGCUGGUAGAAGCAAGCCCCCAGGCGAAUGUGGAAGAGCCCCCCAAGGAGCCCCCCAAGAAACCAGAAAUGAACAAACAGACUACAAACCCUGUUAUCAAGAAGCGCCCAGCAGGAAACAUACCACGCUAUAAAUGGCCUUCAUCUCCAACAAAAGAGAGGCGUCCACCCUCGCCCAUAACUACUGUGCAAAAUCAAAAGAACCGCCCCCCAUCACCUUCACCAGUCUUAAAACAAUCACAGACACCUCUGUCCUACAAAAUAGUGCCUGUUCAACGUACUCUACUUGUGCCAAAUGCGUUAGGUACUUUCAAAAAGAAAAGAGAAAUCGUUUCUAAAACUGCAAAUGAGUUUGAGGCUGUGAGCCAAAAGCAUAUGAUUCAUGAGGACUCUGGUAAUAAAAGCACACCAGGAACCAUGAGUGCUGAGGAAGCAACAAAAAUUUUGGCAGAAAAGCGCCGUCUUGCUCGAGAACAGAAAGACAAAAAGGAAGAAGAGAGACUCCAGAAAGAAGUUGAACAGAGGAAAGUGGCAGAUGCGGCAAAGAGGGUGGACGAAGCCCAAGUUGAACAGUUAUCAAAAUGUGAAGAUAGACCACAGGAAAAAGAGACUGAAAAGAGCAGAGGACCUCAGCCCCAAGAAUACCAGGGAACAAUGCAGCAGAAAGGGGAGGCCAAAAUAAAGGCUCAUGAAGAAGCUGAUAAACGCAAGAAGGAACAUGAGAGAAUUAUGUUACAAAAUCUACAAGAAAGAUUAGAAAGAAAAAAGAGAAUUGAGGAAAUAAUGAAGCGGACAAGAAAGACAGACACAAAUGUCUCCAAGGCUACAAGAACAUCUGGCAAUGACACAACUGAAGAAGAUGAAGCCGAUGAGGAAGGGGACACCGGAAGUGAUGAGGACUCCCUUGAUGGCGUGCGCACAUCAGGCAUUGGAAACAAUGGAGAUUCAUCUACCAAACUCACAAUGCCUUGUGAAAAUGCCACAAGAACACCUCAGAAGCUGGUGCUUUUACAGGCCAAAACUAGUGAGGUCAAUGAGGAGCAGACCUCAUACUUCAAUGGUGAUAUGAAAACCUUCAGACAGCAGGACCCCAAAGACCCUUCAAAUCAUGCAGAAGGCUCACGACCAUCUACCGAAAGAACAUCCACCUGCACUGACAAAUCAGGCAAAGCGAGGGAAGCCGCCACCAGCACCCAGCCCACCCAGAGUGUCAUCACUAAUCAGGAUUGGAUUUGUAACCAGGCUUUUGACUUUGCUCAUCAUAACACGGCGUUACCUGCCACCGAGAGCACUCGUAAUAGCCACAGCCACAAUUUGAGGGAUUCUAUGCCAACUCACCAAAGUCCUCAGACACCUUCAGACCACGAGAACAGGAGCAAGCCUGUUUCUCCUUAGUCUGAUAUGUAAACUUCGUGAUAAGCUUCCUAUUUCUCAAAAUUUUUCUGCUUCGUGCUUGAAUCCAGCAAAGGAAAUGACCAUUGAAAGAGGAAGAAACAAGACAUCCAAGAUCACCUUACCAUCUAUCUCAGAAGAUACUCAUGUCAUCUCAUUUUCUUGUGAGUUCUAAGUAAAAAGAUGUCUUUGGUUUUCUUGAAAAAU